AUGAAACAGCUAUAUUCUCGCGGUAUUGCAUAUGUUUCUGUGUCGAAGGCCAAAGCUACAGCUAACAAACCGGGCACACUACUAGAUAGUAAGAUCCAUGAUCUAAUGCAGGAGCUUAUCGACAAAUUUUUUGCCCAGCACCUAUCUCUCAGCUUCGAGGAUGCAGUUAUGCUCCAUCAUAAAUACUACAAGGAAUAUGGUCUUGCCAUAGAAGGCCUAACACGGCACCAUAAGAUUGACCCCUUGGAGUUUAAUAGUGGAGUAGACGAUGCUCUGCCGCUAGAUUCUAUCCUGAGUUUCAACCCGGCCCUACGCCAGUUUUUGGAGGAUUUUGACACCUCAAAAGUGAAGCUAUGGCUGUUUACCAAUGCCUAUAUCAGCCAUGGUAAAAGAGUAGUUAAACUACUUGGGGUAGAAGAUCUUUUUGAGGGCAUCACCUAUUGUGACUAUGGUAGCCAACCGCUUAUAUGUAAACCAAACAUAAAAAUGUUCGAGAAGGCAGAGAGGGAGGCAAACGUGCCAGGCAUUGACAAAUGCUACUUUGUUGAUGAUUCGCAUUUAAAUUGUUACCAUGCGCAAAACCGCGGCUGGAAUACAGUUCACUUUGUUGAACCUCACCUUACGACUCCACAAACUCCUGCAUCGAAUUUCAUGAUCCAUAACCUUGAGGAGUUACGAGAGCUGUUCCCGCAAUUUUUUAAAUCAAAAGUGUAUUAG